AUGUCGCUGGAAACUCCUCCAUCAAUCAAUUCACUUGUGCAUGAAGCAUACGAUGAGGUGGGAAAUCGUCUCCACAAACACCUCAAGGCGGUGCUCGAAGUGGAGAAUGAGUGCCAUAGAUUACGAGUUGAGGCUAACAAUGAUCCAAUCUUCAACGCGAUUGAGUUUCCCAAAAGCCAGUGCCUUGAAUUUAUCAUUUCCCAAGCCUACAAACAGCUUGGCAAACGGCUCGAGCUCAUCCUUCGUGAUCAACAUGACGCUCUCCGCAAUGUUGUUGAUGAAAAUACCAUUCGUGCUGAUGAUGUGUUUAAAGAACGCAUGAGAGAAACCAGAUUUUCGCUUAACCAAAACGGCGUGGUUCGUCAUUACCUCGGGUGGCUUGCACGAGCAUGGAAACACGCUGACAUCGCAAUCAACUGGCUCAAGAUUUCGUUUGAAGGGGCCAUUAAUGACGCCUGUCGACGCAGCCACGACGGAUGGAUUCUGGUCACUAAUGAUGGCAUUUAUGGAGGCCACUAUCUACAGGUGAUUCACCAAGCCGAGAUUGACCUUGACAUCUACAUCAAAGAAGCGAUUGCAACAAUGACUAGAGGUCAAAGAGAGACCUAUACGCAGUUUUUCAAAGAGUGUAUCACUGCUACUGAAGACAUGAUUUCUAAGCGUUAA